UUAUAAUCCAGCACCCCAGAGAAGGAUUAAUCUGAUCUAUCGUAGUUCCUCUUACAGAUUACCUGAUUGCUGUGCUAUGCCUUGUAUGACUGAGACCUCUUACCAAGAAUACCUGUCAGACCAUAAAAGCCCUGCUAAGGAGUGCUGACGUGGCAAUGAAACAGCCCAACAGGAAAAGGAAGCUUAGUAUGGAUUCCAAAGAACAUUUGGAUCAGGACAGAUGCUUGGAGCAAGCCGAAGAAGAAAAGAAGCCCAGGGAUUGUAUGACCCCUUUAAGUCCUGUCCCUUCAGUGGCUGCACAGGAAGCCUGGUCUUGGGAGCAGUACCUGAAAGAACAGAAGGCUGUCGCAGCCCCUGUUGAACUGUUUUCUAAGGAUCAGUCCUUCCCAGAGCACGAGAAUGGUUUUCAGAUUGGAAUGAGAUUAGAAGGUGUUGAUCCCCGGCAUCCAUCUGUAUUCUGUGUGCUUUCUGUAGCUGAGGUGUGUGGUUACCGUCUAAGACUUCAUUUUGAUGGCUAUUUAAGUUGCUAUGAUUUUUGGACCAAUGCUGGUUCCCCUGACAUUCAUCCAGUAGGAUGGUGUGAAAAGACCAAACAUGAACUGCACAUCCCUAAGGGUUAUAGAAAAGAUAAGUUUGUUUGGAUGGAUUACUUGAAAGCCUGCAAAUUGCAAAAUGCUCCCAAGAAAUUAUUCAGAAACAGAAAUUCUAAUGGGCCAAUACCUAAAGAAUUUCAGGUUGGAAUGAAGCUGGAGGCCAUCGACAGGAAGAACCCUUCCUUGGUGUGUGUGGCGACCAUAGCUGAUAUUGUUGAAGAUCGCUUACUAGUGCACUUUGACAACUGGGAUGACAGUUAUGAUUACUGGUGUGAUGUUAAUAGUCCUUAUGUCCAGCCAAUUGGUUGGUGUCAGGAGAAUGGAAGAACCCUGAUAGCACCCCAAGGUUAUCCUGAUCCAGAAAAUUUUUCCUGGACAGAAUAUCUGGAAGCUACCCAAACAAAUGCAGUUCCUGCCAAAGUUUUUAAAAUGAGGUCACCUCAUGGUUUUCUGCCAAAUGUGAAACUUGAAGUUGUGGAUAAACGAAACCCCAGGUUAAUUCGUGUUGCUACGAUUAUAGAUGUUGAUGACCAAAGAAUAAAGAUUCAUUUUGAUGGCUGGGACCAUAAGUACGACUACUGGGUAGAGGCAGACAGUCCUGACAUCCACCCUAUCGGAUGGUGUGAUGUCACAGGGCAUCCAUUGGAAGUGCCAUAUCGAGCAAAUGAUGUGAAAAUCCUUCCAGGUCAAGCUGUUUGUCCUACUCCAGGGUGCCGAGGAAUAGGCCAUAUCCGUGGUCCACGUUAUUCAGGACAUCACAGUGCUUUUGGCUGCCCGUAUUCAGACACGAACUUGAAAAAGGAGGCAACACUUCACGAUCAUCUGAGAGAACAAACACAGGCAAAUUUGGAAUCAGAUUCUUCACAUUCAAAAUCAAAAAACCUCUGUAGUUUGAACUUCAAUGGAAAGCAUGAAAAGGCGAACAGUCAGCCAAGACUUGUACAGCAGGCAAAGUGUUUGAAAAUCAAAGGAAAAGAAGAUAUUGACUUGGAUAAUCUCUUCAGAGAUUACUCGGCAGAACAGGCACUUCACCAGUCGGUGUUCAUGUCUGCCGUGUCGGCCCACCCUUUCCGGGACCUUCCUCUCGGCAGGGAGCAGCACUGCAAGCUGCUUCCAGGCGUGGCUGACAUCCAGGCCAGCCGAGUAGCCCAAUGGACCGUGGAUGAGGUGGCUGAGUUUGUACAGUCUCUUCUGGGCUGCGAAGAGCAUGCCAAGUGUUUUAAGAAAGAGCAGAUCGAUGGCAAAGCCUUCCUGCUUCUGACACAGACUGACAUCGUCAAAGUGAUGAAGAUCAAACUGGGCCCCGCACUGAAGAUUUACAAUUCUAUCCUGAUGUUCAGAAACUCCCAGGACCUCACUGAAGAAGAUGGCACUUCAGGCCAAGAAGUCAGGGGAUAGAUGCUCUCCCUAAACUUCCGCUGGCACCAGGACUCAUGCUCUUUCAGCAAUAAAAUUGGAGCAGACUAAUUUGAUUUUGAUGUCCUCAUGGCCAUAUCCACGUUGAAUCUGAACCUUUUAAAAUGUCUGUCGUUUAUACGUUUGGAGGAUUUUGAAGACUGAUCAAGCGCCAAUGGCUCAGAGGCUUACGCACGCUUUUGGGUUUUGGUGUAUAAACAUCAUUAUCCUGGGUGGGAUCCUUUCAGUGCUAAUGUGUUUACGACAGACAGACCAAAGAAGCCCACACGUACACCUUUAUUUUCUUCCCUCCCAAUAAGAGAAACCACUUUACAAGCAAAAAACUCUCAAGUGGUAAAAUAUUAGGAAAACGGUAUUCAUAAAUACAUUGUUAUUGUUUUCACCAGAACAACACCCGAGCUUGGCUCAGAUCUGCCAUCUGUGUAUAGUGAGUCUAAGAGACAGAGGCCUGGUGCUUUAAAAAGAUUUUUGUGUACUUUACUCAGGAAAGUGUGAAUCUUUUAAAAAUAAUUAUAAUAAGCACAUGUUUCCAUGAUGUAUUAAUUCUCCUUUUUGUUCCAUUAGCCAUUUCUCAGUUGUGUUCCCAAGGUUUACUGGAGCCUAUAAAAAGCAGCAUGCCCGGGAAUAACAAGAGGACACUGGGUAUUUUCAAAAGCUGGCAAAACCCUGUAAGGACCCUCCCCCAGCCCUAACGCCUCUGGGACACUGUCCUAACACUGGCAUGACUGGCAGGCCAGAUACUCACCUGUACAGAAAGCCUCUAGGUUCCUCCUCUGAAGGCAAUUUCUGGAGGAUUGAUUGAUUUCUCCUGCAGUCUGCUGGUACCUGUGUAACAAGGAGCUGUGUUACAUCCGGGGCCUUGUGUACAUCUUUACAAAUGGAGACACACUCUUAAAAGGGAAGACCUCAAAAGUAGGGAGCUUGGCACCUAUUCUCUGUUUGAAAAAUUCUGACUCAUUAUCAGACCUUACUUGUUUUUAUAAGUGGUUGUAUCCAACUCCUAAGAGGUGUGGAGUCAGUCCCACAGUUCUGAAAGACUAGUACCUCUUUUCUUAUACUUCCCACUCAUAAGUAGUAACAGCUACAAACGCCCUCAUGAAAGUGGAGACCCGCCAUCUUGGGGUGGGGAGAGAAAGGGAAAAGACAAAAAAGGGACUCAGACCUGAUCGUAUCUGUUUGCUUCACUAAGAAUGUUGUGGCUUAAAAAAAUUGAUUCUGUUUGGAGAAUUUCUCAAACUUUAGUUCACUGGAGAAAAAUAAAUAUCUUCUCUAAGAGGUGUGCAUAUACUAUGAUUCUUUAGAACCUUACCUAAAUGGAAUUUUAAUUUAUUAUUGGUUGGUGUCAAUUUUGUUUCUGCAUAAUUUUGUUUGCUUUGUUUUGCUUUGCUUUUUGUACACUUACCAUGUGCAAUUAAAAUUCCUGCUUCUGCUGUGUUAAAAUUUUAAUAUAUUUUAAGUGAUAAUAAACAGAUAAAACAAAAUCCAUACCUCA